AUACGAUGACCUCAUCAAACCCUGACCAGAACAGCGUGUUCGUGGUGCCUCCUUCCAGAACUAUCUCUUUUGUGCCACUUCCUGCACCUCCAUACUCUGAUAAUCAACCUCCAGUUCAUCUACAUAAUGGGUACCAAAUCCAAAUGAUCUCACCAUAUAGGGAGGAGGAUACAGUACAGAAAAUCUGGAAAGAAAGCAAAGUAUUAGGGGCCAUCCAGAUCAUAAUUGGACUGCUGCACAUUGGCUUUGGAACUGUUCUAGUGACUACAGUAAUCAGGGGAUACACUUCAAUCUCUUUUUUCGGAGGGUAUCCCUACUGGGGAGGAAUUUCAUUUAUCAUUUCCGGAACCCUCUCUGUGCUAUCCCAGAAGGCAUCUGCCACUUACUGCAUAAUGAGCAGGAGCGUGGGAAUGAACAUCAUCAGUGCCAUCUUCUCAAUCAUAGGUAUCAUCUUCUUCAUCAUGGAGCUGAGCCUCUAUCCUGAUCAUUACCCCAUCUCCCCCCACACCUCCUAUUAUAUAGUGCUGCCGUAUUGCCCUUACACUGCAGAGAGCAGCCAGAGAGAACUAACACUUGUCUCUCUGGAGACAAAAGUCACCGUCCUGAGUCCCUCCAGAGAGGACGCUCCCUAUUUUUUCUGUUUUCAGCCCUCAGGAAAGGGGAUCUCAUCCACAUUGCUUCUCUUUUCUAUCCUGGAGUUGGUCAUCACCUGCAUUUCCUCUCAUUCUGGAUGCCUCAUAGUCUGCUUCCAGUCCAACCAGGUGGUUGGAGCUGCAACUGUUCCCCCGGUUCCCAUAGUAAAUCCAAUGAUCAUCCCUCAAAUUGCAUCUAGGCCCCCCUUGACUGUCGUCAAUGGUCAACCAUAA